CAUUAGUGCAUAUCCAAUAGUUACACAUUAACCGAAUUUUAGAAAUGGAAGGAUUGGUGAAGCAAGCUCUCGACCAGAGAUAGGAAUCCCAAAAUAGUACUCUACUUGCAGAAUUGUCACAGUGUUGUCUUCAACUAAUUCAUAAUAAAAACAUAUCUAUCAAAUAAGCUGCCGAAGGGAGGAAGGCAGUGGAGUGUACCAAAGAUAUGAAACAUAGAAUAACUGAGCUUUAUUAUGUGAAAAUUCAAGGUUAAUCUUGAAAUGACACACUGCUUAAAAUGUUGGACACCAAUGAGAACUGCUGUUGUGUGCUCUGGUAUGCUGAACCGAAGAUGUAUGGUAAACAAUAAAAGACAAUUAUUGAAUCCUUAUUUUCUUCCGAGAAGAUUAAUAAGUGAAGAAAAAAAGAUAAAAAUCUUAGAAGAAAGAAAGAAAAUGAGGGAAGCAUUUCAGGUAAAGGAAGCACAGUGGGAAAGCCUGGUGGACAGAAGCUUGUUGUUGGAUAAAGAUGUGAAGAUUUACGAGGAACAUAAAGCCGCAGUUGCUCGAGGCCAUUUUACAUAUGACGACCCUCUCACGGGAUACCGAGUCAUGACAAGGCUACGUCAUUUUUUAAGAGGCUCAUGCUGUGGUAAUGCUUGUAGACAUUGCAUAUACGAUCACGAAAAUGUAGCAGACAUUGACAAAGCACGACGAAUCUACAAUUCAGCAUUUUGGGUGGAUAUAAGUGAAAGGCCUGACUUGGUGAAGAGGAACAAGAGUUAUGCAAAAUCUUCUCUGAACAUGACAGACCGCAGGAAGGAAUUUGGUCGAGGGAGAGAAGAUGAACUACUAGAGGAAUAUUGUGAUCCAUUAUUAUUUAAACAUUAACCUUUUUAACUUUUAUAAAGGGCAAGAAUAUUGUAACUACAGUAUAGAUUUAUGUACUAGAAAAAUUGCAAAAAAAAUUAGUACAUAAUUUUUUUAGUUAAACAAAGAAAAGCAAGUCUUGUUAGUUGAUUUUAUAUGGCAGUGAAGUACUGUACUUGCUUCUCAUUUAUAAAUAACAAUCAAUUUGUUUGUACAUUUUGAUAAAAAUGUAAAGGAUUGUAGUUCUACAAAAUUUGUAAUAUAAUUUAAAAAUUGUUCUGUAAAUUGUAGUAAAACCUUUGUGAAGGUUACCCACAGGUCCAUUUGUUCUCAGGUUUAUUAAUAUCUCAACUUUCAAAUGACAAUUUAUUUAUGCAGCUUUUGUUAAUAGUAUUUUGAAAAUGUAUGUAAAUUUAUAGAACUUGAAGAAUAAAUAUGAUACAAC